UGAAGACAAUAAACAUAGGAAACAUCCAAAAACUCACCAAAUUUUUCAAAAGUUGAGCCUAAGAACACCUACAAGAAACGUUGACGCGCAAAAAUAAUUUAAUGAAAAAAAUUCUGUUAGAAAGCAAACCUUGGAUUAAAACUAAUAGAGGGAACAUUAAUUUCAAUGAUUAAAUCAAAUAUAUGAAAUGUAAUCAUAAAAUUUUGAUUGUACACUCCAAAAUCCUUCUAUUUAAUAAAUAAAUACCCCUCCGCGAAAUAGUGCAUUUCCUAUACGUCACUUCCUGUUAAAAAAGAAGAAUAAUAUUAGACGUCUACCGUGUUAUAUACGAUUUUGCUGCAUUGUUUCAUUGUACUGACGCAGAAUAUUGUAUAUACGACAUUUUAUAUUUUGUAAAAUUUCACAAAAUGGAAAGUCAGGCUGAUCCGAAAUUUUUAUACGAUGAUAAAGAUGGGAGGAUUGACCAGAAGAAAGUAUGUUCUGAUAAUGAGGUUAAGCAAGAUGAGACAAAGGAUGAAUCCAAAGACGCAGAAUAUUGUGGGACAGAGGCUCUAGAAAAUGUUAACCCCAAAACAAAUGGGGCAACUAGUGGACCAAAUACACAAUCACAGCAAAAAGACACUGAAACAAUUGAUAACCAACAAGACAAUGUUGGUGCAUGCCAACAAGAAGAAAUUCCAAAAGUAGAUGCACCAUUUGGUGAUACUAAAAACCCCAUGGAUAAAGAUGAAGAGACUAAAGAAGAUGGUGAUCUUGAAAUUGAUGUAUCAAAAGAGAAAUCAGAAACUAGUUUAUCACCAAAACCAAUGUCUAAAAAACAAAUGAAGAAAAUGCAGAAACGGUUGAAGUGGGACUCAUUAAAACUUGAAAAGAGAGCAAAAGAAAGGGAAAAUUUAAAGAAAAGGAAAGCAGAGGCUAAAGAACGAGGUGAACCAUGGGACAAACCAUCAAGAAAGAAACUGAAACACAACAAUAUGGCCACCAGUGCCUGCAAGCAGAGGAUAUGCGUGGAUUGCUCAUUUUCUUCGUAUAUGUCCCCCAAGGAUCUUGGCAAAACUGUAAAACAACUUGGACACUCCUAUGCAGCUAACAGACGUAUGGUAAAUCCAGUACAGUUUUAUGUUACGGGGGUUAGAGAUGACGUCAAACAACGAUUAUUGGAGUACAACAAAGAUUACGACAAAUGGGAUGUGAAUUUGCUGAGUGAGAACUACAUAGAUGUAUUUGAUAAAGAAGAUAUUGUGUACCUGACCAGUGAUUCUGAAAACAUUGUAAACACUUUAGAUGACUCAAAGGUCUACAUAAUAGGAGGGCUGGUGGACCACAAUGCUCAUAAGGGUCUUUGUUACAAGCUAGCUAAAGAAAAGGGGCUUCAACAUGCUCAGUUGCCUAUAGGAGAAUAUCUACAAAUGAAAUCCUCAAGGACACUCACAAUUAACCAUGUGUUUGAGAUCAUGGUCAACUACACUGACAGCAAGGAUUGGAAAGAAGCUUUUUUAAAAGUUCUCCCAAUGAGAAAAGGAGCAACAGCCAAGGUUGAUGAAACCAAAGAUAAAGACAUUGAUAACAUUGAAUCUACAAACUACAAUGAUGAUACUCAGGAUGAUAAGACUAAUAUUAAUCUUCAAUCAAACAUUGAGUAAUAAUGACUUUAAUUUGAGCUAAAUUAGUUCUUCACAUUGAAUAUCAUUAGUUGUCUAGUGAUAAAAAGUCAUACAAAUAAAAUUAAAUAGAAUAUAAAAACAGAUUUGAUUUUGUGCAUUAUGGGAUAUAAUAAGAAUUCUAAUAUGAUAUAUGACGUCACAAUAGCUAGAACAAUUAAGUUGUGUUUCUUGUGUUUAUCAAAUCGUAACAAAGACCUUGAUAUUAUGCUUUGUA